AUGUACCCAGAUCUUUACACCUUAUGCCAACUUCAACAAGCCACAAUUGCUGAAAUAUGGACAGGACAAGGAUGGAAUCUACAUCUAAGAAGGAAUUGGGAGAUGACAAGGAUAGCAGCCUUUUAUAACACAGUAGCACAUUUCAACAAUUUAACAGGUGAGAGGGAUACUUUGGAAUGGAAAGCUGAUAGUAAAGGGAAUUUUACUGUUAAAUCUGCAUACAGAGACUUGUGUUCAACCAACAAAUCAGGAGGCAGGAUGGCCUUGGAGGAUGAUAUGGAAAACCAAAAUACCUUACAAGAGACAGUCAACCAUCUUUUUUUGCAUUGCAAAGUGACAGACCAGUUGUGGCAGUUCUUUCUCAAGAUGAAAAAAAUCAACUGGGUGAAAUCAGGAAGUAUAAAAGAAGUAAUGAAGUGUUGGAACAGAGAUGGUAAUGCAGCAAAGAAGGAGGAGAGAUGGAAGAUUGUCCCAGCAAGCAUAUGGUGGACAGUUUGGAAGGAGAGAAAUCAGAGAUGUUUUGAAGAUAAGCAGAGCAGCAUGCAGAAAAUGAAGAUGAAUUGUUUAGCUAUUUACUAUUUUUGGUGUAAAGAGGAAAUGGUAGAUCAAACAGCAGAUAUUUUAACAGCUAUUGACUGGUUGUAA